AGCAUAACCAUACACACAGAUGUCAGAUACUCAUGACUGAUUUUAGACCGGAUUUUAAAAAAAUACAUUUGCGAUGCAAUGUUGUUUGCUGUUUUAACGUCUUUUAUCUCAGGAAUUGUAUUUAUUCUGUUAGUGGAACUUAUUUUGAUUUAUCAAUGGUGGAUACGUAAGCCGAAGGAAGAUCUUUCACAUCAAGUAAUCAGAUCAAAAGUUAAAAAUCCAGAGGAUCUGCAGAAAUUUUUUAAAAAGCUCUCAGAGUUACCAGAAGAGGAUAUUAGAGAACGAUUGAGAACACCAGAGACAUGUGUAUGUUUAAACGUAAUAUUUGCCUUUUUAUGGAAGGAAUGGAGAGACUCACUCGAAAUGAAACGAAUUUUUGUAACGAAAUUGACAAGAGAAUUUAAUGAUCUUAUUGGCUCAAAAGCUGCAAAAGGGAUUAUUGAGGAAAUCAAUGUUAAGAGUUAUAGCCUUGGAGAAUCAUUACCAAUUAUUAAAGAUGCUGCAUUAAUAAACAUCAAAUCUCAAAGUGCCGAGGAUGUUCCUGAUGAAAUUGACAUUGCACUCAACAUCACAUAUUCUGGAGGGUUCUACGUCAGUGCCGAUUUCGCUCUAGCCUUAAGUAAAUCAGUUUAUUUAUCUAUUAAAGUUGUCAAAAUAUCAGGAAAAGUUAAACUUAGUUUUCGCAGACAUCCUACGUCGCGUUGGUCAUUCUCAUUUUACGAGGAACCUGAACCGACGAUCGAGCUUGAUGUUGAGUCUCGACUUGAUGGCAAAAACUUUCAACAACUUAAUACACUUAUUGUUAGACAUUUUAAAAAAGUAAUUCGUAAAAAGUAUAUUCUACCCAAUUAUAUCAUUCUUUAUAAGCCAUUUCUUCGAGCAAAAAUCCCUCAAGAUGAACAAAACGGACUAUACGUUCAUAACUCGCAAGUGACUGUUGGCUCAGUGGCAGUACAAGUCAUUGGUUGUAGUCGACUCCCGUUGAAAAAGAAAAACAUCGGUAACAGCUGGGUAUUCUGUAGUCUGACUGUCGAUUCAAUACCUUUUGCAGAACGAAGGAAUGACGAUCCUUCGCUAUGGCCCAUCACUGAGUGUGAAGUAGUUCGAAGUAAUGAGCGAAAAAUCGGCCUGACAUUUCGCGAAGUGUCUUGUAAUGAUGGCGAUAACAACCAGAAGAAAAUUGUAAUCGACAGUAUUGAUCAAGAGACUCCAGUUGGUUAUAGUUCCCUAAAGGAAGGUGAUAUUAUAUUAGAAAUCAAUGGAAUGCCUGUUGGGGAUGCUAAACAAGUUUCAAAGCUUAUUCGAGGAUCGGGUAGAAGGCUUUCUAUUAUGGUGAAACGGCCACCAUCGUACAUGCCAAUCACGAAGACUCGAGAACUUUCACGAAACAUUGAUGUGGGCACAGCCUCGUUAACUGAAGAAAAUGCUUCUUCUGAGAUUGACGACGCUGAUGCGUUCCAAGAUGAAUUGAUCAACAUUGUGAUGCCGUUAAUUCAGAAUGGUCCAGAUGACAAUAAUUCUUUCAACGGUAAAGGGGAUGAUACCUUAUCAACUGCGAGCCUAUUAUUAAGUAAAAAUGAACAUGAAAAAAAAUCUGGAAGGUCCAACGCAGAAGUUAGCCAAUCAAAUGCUUUUAUACUUGAGAAGACUCAACAAAAAAAUGGGGAUAGUGAGGAAACAUUUGGUGAUGAUUAUGAGAAAGCAUCAAAUCAUUCUGGGAAAAAAACUAAAACUGUCAGGUCGUGCAAGAAUCCGCAGUGGAAUGAAACAUUUGAACUUCGAGUUGAAGAAGAACACAAAUAUAUAAAUCUUCUUGUCUGGUACCGUAUUCGAAUUGAGUCUGCCAAAGAAGACGACAACACAGAACAGCAGACAAAAGACAUACUUUUGGGAUAUGUUACUAUCCCAUUGACAGAUAUUGCUGUUCAUUGUCUGGAAACUGGAGAUCGAUAUCACCAACAGGAAUAUGUACUGGUAUCAACAGCGUAUGACAAGGUUUUAGCAAGUCUUUCACACCUCAGUGGUCAUCCUGGUCUGAACAGAGUUGCUUGCGGGGGUGAUAUCACAUUGGCUUUCACGUACAAACCCUCAUUUGGUAAUGACGAAGAAUCAUCAGUCAAAACUAAAGUUCUUACAUCAGAAAAGAUUGAUAAGGAAUUGUCAGGGUCCUCUGAUCACCUAGAAAUUUUAAAUCUUGAAGUAACAAAACACAAUUUCGGAGAUACCCAGUUUUAUUAUCCAACCAAGUGCGACUUCUGCACUAAAAAGAUCUGGACAAAAUCUGCAUAUCAGUGUUGUAUAUGCGGUAUGCCGUGUCAUAAAAAAUGUUUGCAACGAGCGAAAACGUACACAAGGUGUUACAGAAACAGUCAGCAUUCAGAGUCUGCAAGCAAGCAAGAUGAAACCGAUUCUAAUUUGGACAAAACUCAGCUUGAUGUAAAAACGUUGAAGGAUCACGGAACUCGUCCAUCAGAAAUAAGUCAAUUAACCUCAAUGAAGGACGCUAGUUCGACUGCCAAAAAGAUAGAAAUGAUCGGUAAAGAGCUGUACUCGGAACUUCCUGCGAAAACUAGAAAAAUGAAAUUUGACGAAAUGAUCAACAGUCUUCAAAAAGAGAUUGAUGAAGAAAACGAGACGAGGAUAAAACUCUAUGCAAUGAAGAAACUAUCUAAACCUCCAUAUCCCCAUUCAAGGAUUGACCAACAAAUUACUAAAUCUGAACAGAAGAGUGAAUCUUUGAAAUUCCUAAUGCUCCAGUAUUGUUCCGGAUUAGAGAGCUGUGAGACGGACAUAUAGUCAUACUUGUUUUUGACGAUUUUGUAAAUAGAAAACCCUUAUAAUUACAUACAUACCCAUCACAAAGACCAAACUAGAUAAUUUUAGGUCUGGUUUCUAUUAAGUCUACACUAAAAUUAUUCUCAGAAAUAAAGUAAAAUAAUUAUUCAAGUUCCAUUGUUUAAUUCUUGUUGAAUUGAGCGAAGCAAUCGUUUCUGCCUGCGAAUCCUUGGAUCAAGGAAUAAUGCAAAAGCCUUUUGAUGCCAUGAACUCUAGAGCACAUAUAGGCGCAUUCAGGCUCAAGGACACGUUUUUCCUGAUGAGUAAAAUUAGUUAAUCUUUAUGUACAUGUAAAAGAUGGGUAUUAAUUUAGCAAGAAUAAAAACAA